AUGGCUGGUGAAGAACUAAACAGGAGCCCCAAGAAGAUUCUGAAAAUCCCCUCCCACCCCCCACCAGCCAUGCCGAAUCCUAUAGCCGAAAGCAUCCCUGACGGUGUCCCACUGGACAGGUGGCCGGCCGAGGAGGAGCCUGGGCACCUGGAGCGGGACCUAGCCUAUCCGCCUGUGUCUCCGCCUCCUUUGCUUCACCGUCCCGGUCCUAGCCUAUCCAGGCCCAGUGCUCGGCUGCCCGCGGGAUCACACUAUCUUCCCUGCCCGGCUCUGGAAGGCGCCCCGGAAGCUAUGGAGGUGCUGGUCCUGGCCGGAUACCGCGCGCAGAAGGAGAGCGAGCUGAGUCUGGCUCCCGGGGACGUGGUCCGACAGGUGUGCAAGGGACCCACACGGGGCUGGCUGCGUGGAGAGCUGGGGGCACAUUGUGGCUUCUUCCCCGAGCGCCUGGUGCAGGAGAUCCCUGAGACUUUGCGCUGCGCGGGAGAGGCGCCGCGACCACGCUGUGCGCGCAGCCGAGGUCGCCCUGCCAAAUCUCCGAGCCCCCAAAGAUGGUGCAAAGUGAACUUCAACUACAGCCCGGAGCAGGCGGACGAGUUGAAGCUGCAAGCUGGAGAGAUUGUGGAAGUGAUAAAGGAGAUUGAGGACGGCUGGUGGCUGGGAAAGAAGAAUGGGCAGCUGGGAGCCUUCCCAUCCAACUUUGUGGAGUUGCUGAACAGUGGGCCCCCAAGCCUUGAUAACCCAGACAUGCCUUCAAUCAGCCCUGAUCCCCAGCAGCCUCCCAAGCUGAGCACCCUGGCCUGUCACAGCCCUCCAGACUACCUGCGGACAGCCUGCCUCCCUGAGACCUACAGGGUCCUGUUUGACUACCAGCCCGAGGCCCCAGAUGAGCUGGCACUGCGGAGGGGAGACGAGGUGAAAGUCCUGAGGAAGAUUACAGAGGAUGAGGGCUGGUGGGAAGGAGAGUCUCAAGGUAGAAGAGGAGUGUUCCCAGACAACUUUGUGCUCCCACCACCUCCAAUGAAGAAGCUGGUCCCACGAAAAUUAUCGCCUCGAGAAUCAGCUCCCAUUAAGGAACCAAAAAAGAUGAUGGCCAAGACAGCCCUCCCUACAGUCAAGAAGCUGAUGACAGCUCAUACUGGGCCCAGCAAAGCCAAGCCAUCUCGGACACCCACUGGAGAUGGUCAGAAGCGCCCCUCCCGAGACUCUGGCUCCAGUGGCAGCCUCCUCAGUGGGGGUCCAAGCCACCCUGGCAGAAAGCGAUCCAGAACCCUGGCUUCCCGGCAGCGCCCUGCAGUUGGUCAGGAGGAAGAGCAGAGAAGCCGAGCAAAGGCCCCCCCUGUGAAUAAAACCUCUACUCUAGGCAAGACCCCUCCCCCACAGAAGACCCUGUCUCCACGUAAGGCCCCCACCCCAAAGAAGAUCCCCACUCUAGAGGACAAGACCUCCAACCCAGAUGGGGUCUUUUCUGUGUCUGAGGGCCCUGCUCUAGGUGUCCCACCUGAAGAUGAAGCCCCUCACCCAAAGAUGGCCCCUCCUGGGGAUGAGGCCUCCACCCUAGAAAAGGCCUUGACCCAGGAACAGAUGCUCUCUGAAGAGGCCUCUCUUGGGGACAACACUCAGCUUCAUCCCUUACCGGAGGCAGCCCAGUCCAAGGGCAAGUCUUCAUUGGUCGGUGAGGCUCAUUCCCAAGAGGAGGUCCACAUGCCAGAGGAACACCCCCUGGCUGAGACGGAUAGUUCCACACUCCCAUCUGAGGCUAAGCCAGGGUCCCUGCCUGCCCUUGAGAAGGCCCACCCCCCAGAAGAGCCCACCACCGUCCUGGAGGAGACACCUGUGAAAGAUGACACUACCCCCGAAGAGGUAGCCCCUGCUCAAAAGAAUCCACAUCCUAUCAAGCCUGCUCCAGACCAUCAAGAGACUCCCACCGUCCAUUCACUGGUGCCACAAAAUCCCACAGACAGCAAAAGCGACACGGAGGAUGUGAAGAGGCUAAAGGAAGAGGUGGAGUCUUUAAGGAGGGCCCUGGAGCUGAUGGCGGUGCAGAUGGAGAAAAAGCUGGCGGAUGUCUGGGAGGAGCUGGAGAGCGAGAAGGAGAAGCGUCGGUUGCUGGAGGUUCAGAUGAAGCUGAGGACCCAGGAAUCUCUGAGCCCAGGCUCCAGCCACACGCAGACGCAGACGCACUGAGGCGCUGCGCCCGCUCCAGCUCCUCUGCGGACGUGAAGACGUUAACGCUCAUGGGCCCGUCGGGCUCCGCGGACAGCUCC